AAUCGAAUAAGCCGACUCCCUCCCUCCUCGCUUCGGCCAUCUCCUCUCUCUCGCUCACUCUCCUCUCUCAAUCUCUCUCGUUUAAUCACCGAUUUCUUCAUCCAAUCUUCAAUCUCUCGUGGCUUUCUUUUUGAAGUUCAAUCUUCAAUCUAGAAAAUCAGCUUUUCUUCGAAAAUCUCCUGUUUUCCGUUCCAUGCUCUCUCCGGAGCUCUUUUCAUUUCGUCCGCUUUUGAAACCCUAACCCUAGAUUUCUCGCCCCCUAGCAUUUGUCAUCGCCGUAUGCGCGAGACCUGACACUAGCUGGCUUCGAAAUUUUCGCAUUUUCAACCUGAAGGUCGUCCAGAGCCUGUUUUGGAGCAAUGAUGCAGUGGCGUGAAACCUAACCCUAACUUCUGAAAUCCACACCGAGUGGUUUAAGAACCAAUAAACUCUCAAUGGCAGAACGUCGGAACGGAGGCACCCAACCUGCAAAUGGGAAAUCUGCUGGCACAAGUCCUGCAUAUGCUAUUGAUCUGAAUAAUUUCAGCAAACGCUUAAAGUCUUUAUAUUCACAUUGGAAUGGGAACAGGUCUGAUUUAUGGGGUGCUUCUGAUGUGCUUGCAAUAGCGACGCCUCCUGUUUCAGAUGAUCUGCGCUACCUAAAAUCCUCUGCGUUGAAUAUUUGGCUUCUUGGGUAUGAGUUCCCAGAGACAAUAAUGGUUUUUAUGAACAAGCAGAUUCAUUUUUUAUGUAGUCAGAAAAAGGCCUCUUUGCUUGAAGUCUUAAAAAAACCUGCUCUAGAGGCCGUGGGUGCAGAGGUCAUUAUGCAUGUGAAGGCUAAGACUGUUGAUGGAACUACUGAAAUGGAUGCUAUAUUCCGCUCUAUUCGUGCUCUGGCAAAGUCAGAUGGUCUUGAUACCCCUGUUGUUGGACACAUAAUUAGAGAGGCUCCAGAAGGGAAUCUUUUGGAGACAUGGGCUGAGAGACUGAAGAGUUCAAAUUUCCAGCUUGCUGAUAUAACAAAUGGUUUGUCCGACCUGUUUGCUGCCAAGGACAGUAGUGAGCUUACAAAUGUGAAGAAAGCUGCAUUCUUAACUGGUUCUGUGAUGAAAAAUUUUGUGGUUCCUAGGCUUGAGAAUGUUAUUGAUGAAGAAAAGAAAGUCACCCAUUCUUCUUUAAUGGAUGACACAGAGAAGGCCAUAUUGGAGCCAACCAAAGUUAAGGUGAAACUGAAGGCAGAAAAUGUUGAUAUCUGUUACCCUCCAAUCUUUCAAAGUGGAGGUACUUUUGAUCUCAGGCCUAGUGCUUCCAGCAAUGAUGAGCAUCUGUACUAUGAUUCUGCUAGUGUGAUAUUAUGUGCAAUUGGUUCCAGAUAUAACAGCUACUGCUCCAAUCUUGCCAGGACUUUCCUAAUUGAUGCCACUACGGUUCAGAGCAAGGCUUAUGAGGUUUUACUCCAGGCACAUGAAGCAGCAAUUAGUGCUUUGAGGCCUGGUAGGAAGGCCAGUGAUGUGUAUCAAGCAGCCCUUUCUGUAGUUGAGAAGGAUGCUCCUGAAUUCGUGGCUAACUUGACAAAAUCUGCUGGGACAGGCAUUGGUCUUGAGUUCCGUGAGUCGGGGUUGAAUCUUAAUGCCAAGAAUGAUCGAGUGUUGAAAGCAGGCAUGGUUUUUAAUGUUUCGUUGGGUUUCCAGAACUUGCAGGCCCAAACCAGUAGUUCAAAAAGCAAGAAUUUUUCUCUGUUGUUAGCGGACACUGUUAUUGUUGGUGAAAAGCCUGAAGUGGUGACUUCAAUGAGCACUAAGGAUGUGAAAGACGUGGCUUACUCAUUUAAUGAGGAUGAAGAAGAGGAGGAAGAGCCAAAAGUGAAGGCCGAGGCCAAUGGCGCAGGAGCUUUUCAAUCUAAGGCAACACUCAGGUCAGACAACCAGGAGAUAUCAAAAGAGGAGCUCCGUAGGCAGCACCAGGCAGAACUUGCUCGCCAGAAGAAUGAAGAAACUGCUCGGCGACUUGCUGGUGAGGGGUCUGGAGCGGGUGACAAUCGUGCUGCUGUGAAGACUUCAAGUGAUCUUGUCGCCUAUAAGAGUGUCAAUGAUCUGCCCCCUCCCAGAGGUCUUAUGAUUCAAAUCGAUCAGAAAAAUGAGGCCAUCCUUCUGCCAAUUUAUGGGAGCAUGGUACCUUUCCAUGUUGCUACUGUUAGGACUGUCUCGAGCCAGCAGGAUACCAAUCGAAAUUGCUAUAUCAGAAUAAUCUUCAAUGUUCCUGGGACCCCCUUUAAUCCUCACGAUGCCAACUCUUUGAAGUAUCAGGGGUCUAUUUAUCUGAAGGAGGUAUCUUUCCGUUCCAAAGAUCCCAGGCACAUAAGUGAAGUAGUUCAACUCAUUAAGACACUCCGUCGAAAUGUUAUGGCGAGGGAGUCAGAGAGAGCAGAGAGGGCAACUUUGGUUACCCAAGAGAAACUUCAACUUGCAGGGGCCAAAUUCAAGCCAUUAAGGUUGCCUGACCUUUGGAUCCGUCCUGCUUUUGGUGGCCGUGGAAGGAAGCUGCCUGGUACACUAGAAGCUCACAUAAAUGGGUUUAGGUAUUCUACCAAUAGACAGGAGGAGCGUGUGGACGUUAUGUAUGGGAACAUCAAGCAUGCAUUUUUCCAGCCUGCAGAGAAGGAGAUGAUAACUCUUCUCCACUUCCAUCUGCACAAUCACAUAAUGGUUGGAAAUAAGAAAACCAAGGACAUUCAGUUCUAUGUUGAGGUUAUGGAUGUGGUCCAGACAUUAGGAGGUGGAAAGAGAUCCGCCUAUGAUCCGGAUGAGAUUGAAGAAGAACAAAGGGAGAGGGACAGGAAGAAUAAAAUCAACAUGGAUUUUCAGAACUUUGUGAAUCGAGUGAAUGAUCUCUGGGGGCAAAACCAAUUCAAAGGACUUGACCUCGAGUUUGAUCAGCCUUUGAGAGAGCUUGGUUUUCAUGGGGUCCCCUAUAAAGCCUCCGCAUUCAUUGUCCCAACUUCCAGUUGCCUGGUUGAGCUGGUAGAGACCCCUUUCCUAGUGAUUACUCUAAGUGAGAUUGAGAUUGUAAACCUUGAGAGAGUUGGCCUUGGACAGAAGAACUUUGACAUGACUAUUGUGUUCAAAGACUUCAAGCGGGAUGUGUUUCGGAUCGAUUCGAUCCCUUCCACGGCCCUUGAUGGGAUAAAGGAAUGGCUCGACACAACAGACAUCAAGUACUAUGAGAGCAGGCUUAAUCUCAAUUGGCGGCAGAUACUCAAGACAAUUACUGAUGACCCGCAGAGCUUCAUAGAUGAUGGGGGGUGGGAGUUUUUGAACAUGGAUGCUUCUGAUUCAGACUCAGACAACACAGAGGAUUCGGAUCAGGGUUACGAGCCUUCGGAUGUGCAGUCGGAGUCGGAGUCUGAAGAUGAUGCCUCCGACAGUGAAUCACUGGUGGAGUCUGAAGAUGAGGAGGAGGAGGUUUCUGAGGAAGACUCAGAGGAAGAGAAAGGGAAGACAUGGGAAGAGCUGGAGAGGGAAGCAAGCAAUGCGGACAGGGAAAAAGGAGCUGAGUCGGAUAGUGAGGAGGAGAGGAACAGAAGGAAGAAAGCUUAUGGGAAGGGGCGAGGUCCUCCUAGCAGCAGCAGCAGGGGCAGCAGCCUCCCAAAGCGGCCAAAGUUUAGGUAGAGAUUGCUGGUUUUUGGUUAGAAUAUGUUUCUGUGGGGUAGCAUUUUACCACAACAUCUGCUGUGGUUGCAAUAGUUGACUUAGGUAUGAUGGAUGAACUGUUUGUUUUUCUAUUGAAAAGUUAAAAAAAAUGGUGGCCUCUCUUUGUCCAGGAUUUUGGGCAGAGCGAAGGAGAGCUCCUUUAGAUGAUAUGGUAAUUUCUCUUGUAAAUGGUAGUGUACUAAUUUUGUGAAAGAAUUUUUUUUUUUUUGGGUUGUU